AUGGCUCCAGGAGGAGGAGCGACCGAGGGAAUUAUCGAGCAGCUGGUCAAGAAUGACAAUGUACGCUGGUGGAGCAAGCCCAACCUGCGUCGUCUUUACCUUCUCCUCAUCCCUUUCUGUCUCUUCAUUGAAUCAACCUCCGGCUUCGACUCAUCGAUGAUGAACGGCAUGCAGGCUUUGGUCUAUUGGAAGGAAUACUUCAACAAUCCUAAGGGAGGGCAGCUGGGCUUACUCGUCGCUUGCUAUAAUGUGGGUGCCGUCAGCUCGAUCCCUUUCGUAUCGAUAGUUUCGGAUCAUGUUGGGCGAAGAUGGAGUAUCAUAUUCGGGUCUAUAAUUAUGAUUAUCGGCUCAAUUAUGCAGGGAUUGUCUCGGAAUUUGGCAAUGUUUGUGUUCUCACGUAUCUUUCUCGGACACGGCAUCGUCUAUGCCAUCAUCGGUGGAGCCGCCCUCCUUGGUGAACUUGGCCACCCCAAAGAACGGGCGUUCCUAGGGUCGAUGUUUAACGCAUUCUACGGAGUCGGAGCCGUGCUCGGCGCAGGCAUCGUGGUGCGAACCAUCCUCAUCCCGAGUGACUGGAGCUGGCGCCUCCCCAGUCUUCUCCAGGCACUACCGUCCGUCAUCCAGAUCGCGUUCGCAUUUACGGUUCCUGAAAGUCCCCGUUGGCUCGUCAGUAAAGAUCGCAACGAAGAAGCGCUCGCUAUCCUCAUCAAGUACCACGCCGAAGGCGACGCGUCACAAGAACUGCCUCACGUAGAGCUCGCUGAAAUCAGAAAGGCUCUCGAGAUCGAGAACGAGUCCCGAAGACGCGGAUGGAUUGAACUCUUCCAGACCACCGGCAUGCGGCGCAGGUCGCUUGUCGCAGCAGCGCUGGGCCUUUUCGUCCAGUUCUCGGGCAACAACCUGAUCAGCCAGUACCUCGUGCCGAUUCUAACCAAAAUCGGGAUUAAGGACUCGCAUACGCAGGUCCGAUAUAAUGUCGGCACCCAGGCUUGGGGUUUCCUUAUUAGUCUCGUCAUGGCUAGCGUCACGCCCCGUUUCCCGCGACGCAGGAUGUACUUGCUCUGCGCCUGCUGCCUAGUUGGCGUCUACACCGCCUGGACGAUUGCCCAGGCACGAAAUCGUAUUACGGGGUCGGCGGCUUCUGGAUACGCAGUCCUGGUGUUCAUCUUCAUGUACAGCCCGGCGUAUUGCAUCGCGUAUAAUGCGUUGACGUAUGUGUAUAUGGUGGAGAUUUUCCCGUAUUACGUGAGGACGAAGGGACUCUCGUGGUUUCAGUUCUGGGGGAGGUCGGCCGUGAUGUUUGGGAGCUUCGUCAACCCGAUCGGACUUGAGAAUGCGGAUUGGAAGUAUUUGCUGGUAUAUGUCUGCUGGCUCUGCUUUGAGGUUGUCUUUAUUUACUUCUUCUUCCCCGAGACGUACGGAAAGACGUUAGAGGAGCUGACCUUCCUGUUUGACGAUGAACAAGAAGCGCAGAGGCAGGUCGCUGCUUCGGCUCAGAAGGUCCUGAGCGAUCCUGCUGUGACGGAGGUUCAUGAGGUGCCGGAGAAGAAAGUGUAG